AUGUCGCCUUAGAAGAUCAUCUUCGUCUGCAUGUUCUCCAGUAUAGGAUAGAUUUUCGGAUAGAAUAGAUCGAGUGCGGUGAAAGUGACUGUUAUGAACUCUCGGCGUUGAGUUAUCUAGUUGGAGGGAUUGAAGCUUUUCAAGGAAAUGUGGAUAAUUUGAAAAAAUUCCGUGAAUAAGCCAGUUGUGAACAUGAGAAAUCAUCUUUUUUGGAUACUGCCCAUCAUUCCAAUAGCAAUAGCUCAGAACAUUUUUGGGAUCGGCGAAUAUGAGGAGGGACCUUGCGGCCGAUGGAAACCCGGUGAUGUAGAUUUGCGUUCGUUCGACUUGAUCCGGGAAUUCCAUCUGGAUCAGCUGGAAUCUAGCGGACGGCACGUUUACCAGGUGGAGGGAACCAAUUCGCUUCAAACCGCCUACCGGCUGGAGAAUGAAGCCAAUUUGACUAUGCGCUCGAUCGAUGCUUUCCCAAGGGGAUUGCCGCAUCAAUUUUCCCUGGAAUGUACGUAUAGGGCUGAUAGUGAGCCGGUGUCCUCAUGGCAUCUGUUUGAAGUUACUAACGAGCAUCAUGAGAGUCAACUGGCGGUAACGAUGAAUCCCGGACGGCAAACUGUGGAAAUUGGUCUGCCAAGUACCGAAGGGGAGCUGCAAGUGAUCGAGUACCAUCAUGCUUCCCUCUUCGACGACCGGUGGCAUAAAAUUAUGCUCGGGGUUACCAAUGACUAUCUGAACCUGUGGGUUGAUUGUAAACCGGUGCGGGACGUUGAGGGGAAUGUGAACGCUCCAUUGGAACCACGGGGUAGAUUCGAUACAGCCAACGGGUAUGUCUCAAUCUCUCGGUAUGCUGAAACCUCGGUCAUGGAACCGGAAUCACCAUCCAUCGAUCUUCAGUGGAUGGUGAUGAACUGUGACCCAACAAGACCGGCUCGAGGUAAUUGUGAUGAGCUUCCGCUGUAUGAUGUGGCUCACGUUACCAAUACUCUUCCUUCGGGGCCGGCACCACAGGCCGAAUGUAAUACCAUUUGUCCGGCUGGAUACAAUGGAACAGAUGGAAUACCAGGCAUGCCUGGGGUGCCAGGACUUAAAGGUAGCAAAGGUGAAGCCGGAGCCAAUGGACGACGAGGUCCACCAGGUCCUCGAGGAUUGGAAGGUCCUCCAGGCAUCUCCAUCAAAGGUGAACGAGGAGAGCCAGGCAGCCCAGGUUUGAAGGGAGAACCAGGAGUCGCAGCAGCUGCUGGAGUAGCCGUAGCUGGCCCCCAUGGAUUACCCGGUCCUCAAGGAUUGCCUGGGGUACCAGGUAUUGGCGUAAGAGGAGAAAAGGGAGAACGAGGUGCGGAUGGAUUUCCUGGUAUCAAAGGUGAAUCGGUACAAGGACAACCAGGUCAACGGGGUUUACCAGGAUCACCUGGUUCGCCAGGUAUUGGAAUUCGUGGAGAAAAGGGCGAGCGAGGUGACACAGGUCUUCCAGGUCGCGAUGGCAUUUCUAUUCCAGGGGCUCCAGGUUCCAAGGGAGAAAAGGGAGAACCAGGACAAAUGCUUCAAUCUGCUGGACUGCGAGGCGAACGGGGGGAAAAAGGAGACACGGGACCUCGAGGUUUCACCGGCAUUCAAGGACUCCCGGGUGCUCCUGGACCGGUCGGCCCACCAGGUCCUCCUGGAUCUCCAGCUUCUGAAACUAGCUAUGCCACCGGUAACCUCGGUCUUGCGAUCCCUGGUCCACGAGGAACACCUGGCACACCUGGACAACCAGGACCACCUGGGCCUCCGGGUCCACCUGGUCCUCCAUCCGAAGUAGUGUCCUCGGGUGGCGGUAGACAUUUCGAAAACUAUCUAUCAUACGGUCACCGAGGUCCAGUUGGCUAUACGGGACUUCCCGGCGAACGAGGUGCUCCAGGUGAUCGUGGACCGGAAGGUGGAGUUGGCUUACCUGGUCCUCCGGGAAUAGAUGGAAACCCGGGAUUGCAGGGACCUCCGGGAGUAACGGGACAGCCAGGCCUUCCAGGACUGCCUGGUCAGCCGGGAAGAAGCUACACGGAGUCCGAAGUUCGGGAUAUUUGUGCUGCCGUUUUGAGAGAUCAUUUGACGGAACUGACUGAAGGGUUGAUUGGGCCUCCUGGACCACCGGGCGUUUCGCGUGCUGGUAAGCCCGGGGUGCCUGGAAAUCCGGGACCCAAGGGUGAUCGUGGCUAUCCUGGACCUAUCGGUGAAAGAGGAUACCCGGGAGAGCCAGGAACACCAGGCUUGCCAGGAUCCCCUGGAGAACGAGGUGAACCGGGUUUGGAAGGUCGUCCCGGAAACGAUGGGUUCGGAAGAGAUGGAUCACCCGGUCCACAAGGUCCCGAAGGCCCACCGGGUCGGGAAAUCCAGGGUCCACCAGGUCGCCAAGGGGAACGCGGUGAAGCCGGCAAACCAGGCAUCCCGGGUCUCCGAGGCCCACCGGGUGUUCCAGGUGCAUGCCCUAAUGAUUGCUUUAUGGCUGCGGCAGCUGCCGCCCAGAGUCUCCGCACCAAUCAACAAACCAAGGGUCCUUCCUAUUAGCUUUGAUUGGAUAUAGUGAAACAGCUAGUUAUCAGCCACCUAUUUAUAACGCCUAGUUACAAAUUAGUUCUGAUCUGAAAUUAAGGCUGCCGGAUCGUUCACAAAUGCCUUUACGAAAGGGAGUGUUCAUAGCUUGUCAGGUUUUGCUAGGUAGUAUUUCGUCGAUAGAAUUGUGAUUUUCUGUCCGAAAAAAAUUCUUUAUUUUUCAAUCUGCCGGAAAAGAAAAUUUUUCCAAAUUUUUUAAACAUUUCAAUAUUUUUAACAACAAAAAUCGAUAAUGUAAUUUGUCAUUAUU